CGCCGCCCCCGCCCGCGGGGCCCGGGCCGUGCCGGGGGAGGAGGGGGAGCAGCGCCGCCGCCGCCGCCGCCGGGCCCGUCCCCCACCGCCUCCCCCGAACACCAUAGGCGGCUCCGGCACCAAGAUGUCCAACCGGGUGCUCUGCCGGGAGGCCAGCCACGCCGGCAGCUGGUACACAGCCUCAGGACCCCAGCUGAAUGCACAACUAGAAGGUUGGCUUUCUCAAGUACAGUCCACAAAAAGACCUGCUAGAGCCAUUAUUGCACCCCAUGCAGGAUAUACCUAUUGUGGAUCUUGUGCAGCCCAUGCUUAUAAACAAGUGGAUCCUAAUAUUACCCGAAAAAUUUUCAUUCUUGGGCCUUCCCAUCAUGUGCCCCUUUCCCGAUGUGCACUUUCCAGUGUGGACAUUUAUAGAACACCUCUGUAUGAUCUUCGAAUUGACCAAAAGAUUUAUGGAGAAUUGUGGAAGACUGGAAUGUUUGAGCGUAUGUCUCUACAGACAGAUGAAGAUGAACACAGUAUCGAAAUGCAUUUGCCUUAUACUGCUAAAGCCAUGGAAAGCCAUAAGGAUGAGUUUACUAUUGUUCCUGUAUUGGUCGGAGCACUGAGUGAGUCAAAAGAACAGGAAUUUGGAAAACUCUUCAGUAAAUACCUAGCUGAUCCUAGUAACCUCUUUGUCGUUUCUUCUGACUUUUGCCAUUGGGGUCAGAGGUUCCGUUACAGUUACUAUGAUGAAUCCCAAGGAGAAAUUUAUAGAUCCAUUGAGCAUCUAGAUAAAAUGGGUAUGAGCAUUAUAGAGCAGCUAGAUCCUGUAUCUUUUAGCAAUUACUUGAAGAAAUACCAUAAUACAAUAUGUGGAAGACAUCCUAUUGGCGUAUUAUUAAAUGCUAUCAAUGAGCUCCAGAAGAAUGGAAUGAAUAUGAGCUUUUCAUUUUUGAAUUAUGCUCAGUCAAGCCAGUGUCGAAACUGGCAAGACAGCUCAGUGAGUUAUGCAGCUGGAGCACUUAUGGUCCACUGAACCACUGAAUGCUCAGGGAUGGCACCUGCACACACUCUGUAUACGGGGUCCCAGCCUAGCCCUUACAAAGAUACAGUCCCUGGUCUUUGGGUAUACUGAAACCUCAAACUAAUAGAACUCUCUUCUUUUCUAGUAGGUGUAGUCCUUCCUUAGUUUCAACUCAUUUAAAAUGCUUUCUUGUUUAGGACAGCAGAAGGAAGGCUGGUAUCAAAAUAUUUUGUGAUUUUUAAAAAAGAUAAUGGCUAUAAAGGUAUGGUGGCAGACAGUCCUUAUACAACAUGUAAAGCAUUUACCAUAUCCUAAAUUUGCACUCUUUGCAGACCUGUGCACAUGUACUCAGCUUUCAGAAUAGUUUUGCAAGUUGUAAACAGAAAAAGGGGUGGAAGCUUUUUAAUAUUUAAAAAAGAAGAAGAAGAGAGAACAACGCAUUUAUAAAUGAUCCUGUAUUAGAGUAUAAUAAAACUCCAGUAUAGUCCGUUACUACCCGUGAUGUACAACAGAUAUCUUCUAUUUUAGUUGCUAAUAAAGGGCUACACAAACCAAAA